CUUGAUACGCAAUUUCCUUCCUUCUCUGGUGGAGACAUCACAAUGUCUCGAUGUUGCCGCCCGCCUCAUUUGCCUACUGUGGACUCCAAGGAGCCGCGCCGGUUAAAUCACUUGCUUUCUGCUCUCCGGAGGCAAUUCUUUCUCACCUCCAGGCUUGGACGCAAAACAUCUCGGGUAGGGUAAUGGUCGGCUCCCGAGACACACACAACUAUCAGCCUGUUCACCCCCUGGAAUGUGGCAGUGAGGGGUUCGAAAUACGCCUUACUGCAUCACAGCUGGGUCCACGACAUGAUCGGAUUGGUUGCCUUCCUUCCAUGCAGCCUGACCAUGUUGCCAGCCUACGCUGCCUAGAUGGCGGAGUCGGUCAAAAUGCGGGUGCAAUCCGAAUUUCAAGAUUGAGUCCUUUAAUACUCUCGUUUAUUCCAUGAACAAUUCAGUACAGUGAAGCCCCGAACGAGCUCAUCGCCAUCGUCUUCACUGAAAUCACCUGCCAUGCACCAAAAUCCAUGUUCCAACCCUGCAUGUACCGAUCUCGUCUUUCGCUGCUGGAAGAAAGGCGAUGGAAACGAAUGGGAGACAACCACGAGGACCGCCGGCGACAAAAACCGACGUCUCUUGCCGAAUAGCGACUUCAACGUGUGCAUUGUUGAGGCCAAGGCCCAGAAGAUCCGUGAGUGUCCAGUCUGCAAACGACACUUUGCGGAAACAUUCGCCAUCCCAGACCUCUGGUGGAAAAGAUAUUGCAGAGACUCCAACGGUUAUUUUGGCUAUCAGACCACCAUAGACGACGACGGCAACACGACCGCAUUGAAUACGUGGGCGCGCUUCCCAGUCAAGCUUACCAACAGAGAGCACCCAGGGUACGAAUGGUUUAAGCUCAACGUCUUUACACGCUGGCUCCCAUCACGGCAGCAGACUAUUCUCAUCAUCUUCGAUCUUCGAACGCCCGCGGCGAGCUGCAUGACGCGAGUGCCCGAGAGUGAGCUCGACCCCCUGUUCACCAUACCAGACCCGAGCUACUUCAUCGAUCCGUACUGGAUAUACAUCCAGCUCCUGGAGAAGGUCGUCACUAUGCAAGACGCCGCUGUGUGGGCAGUACGCGACACGGUCAGAACGACAGAGAAGCAGAGGGACGUGGCGAACUCAUCGGGCGAGUCAAUAUCGAAACCGACAACGGACUACCGCCAUUUGCACGAGACCGCGAGGCACGCCAUCCACGUCUCGGAAACCCUGGAAUUGGGCAUCACGGCUGCCAGGAAGAUCUUGGCGCAGCACGAGAGUCUCAAAGACGAGUCGGGGACCGGUGCUCGGCAGGAAGCGGCCUGGAAUAAGGCCUGGCAUCACACCCACCAGCGGUUGCAGUUCUUCGAGGAGAUGCUCAACAGUCUCCAGGAGCGGUCGGCUUCCAACAAGGCCCGGCAUUUUAACGAGAUUUCCCUCGCCUAUAAUAUGGUCGCCCAGUUCGACUCGGGCGUCUCGUUGGCCAUUGGCCGUGCGACGCAGCGAGAUAGCGAGGCCAUGAGGACCAUCGCUUUCCUUACGCUCUUGUUCUUGCCGGCAACUUUCGUGUCCGCCGUCUUCAGCACAUCCUUUUUUGAUUUCGAUUCCGAGUCGGGAUCGUGGCAGGUUUCAGACCAGUUCUGGGUUUACUGGGUAGUGGCGGUGCCCAUCACUGCUGCAACGGCCGCUCUGUGGUACAAUCGCCACAGUUUGGCCCUCUUUGGAAUCAUCGGUUCUAUCCAGCAAAACCGGGUUUCUUCGAACGUAGACCCCGAUAUUGAGAAUGAGCCAUGGCAUUCUUCGGCGCCACCCGUGCUAAUUCGGAAGAGAACGGCAUGA